GAGGCUGACGUGGAGGCCGCCGCGCGGGCGGCCGCGGGCGGCGGCGGCGGAGCGGCGGCGCCGGGCCUCCCGGGUUGCGCGGGGCGGGAGACGGAGACGGAGGCGGAGGAGGAGGCGGAGAGCCAGGCGUCCGAGCCGCCGGCCUGCGCAUGGAGGAAGAGGAGGAGGCCAUGGACGGCGAUCGCACCGAGAGCGACUGGCAGGGGCUGGUGAGCGAGUAUCUGGUGUGCAAGCGAAAGCUGGAGAGCAAGAAGGAAGCCCUGCUGAUCCUCUCCAAGGAGCUGGACACCUGCCAGCAGGAAAGGGACCAGUACAAACUCAUGGCCAAUCAGCUCCGAGAGCGCCACCAGUCCCUGAAGAAGAAGUACCGGGAGCUGAUUGAUGGAGACCCGUCACUUCCCCCCGAGAAGAGAAAGCAGGCUAAUCUUGCACAGCUGUUGAGAGAUUCUCAGGACCGGAAUAAACAUCUGGGAGAGGAAGUUAAAGAACUCCAGCAAAGGCUUGGAGAAGUCCAAGGCGACAAUAAGCUGCUGAGGAUGACAAUUGCCAAGCAAAGACUAGGAGAUGAAGAGAUCGGCGUGCGGCACUUUGCAGCCCAUGAGCGGGAAGACUUGGUCCAACAGCUCGAGCGAGCUAAGGAACAGAUCGAGUCUCUGGAGCAUGACCUGCAGGCGUCGGUGGACGAGCUUCAGGAUGUCAAGGAAGAGCGGGCUUCUUACCAGGACAAAGUGGAGAGGCUGAACCAGGAGCUCAACCACAUCCUGGGCGGGCACGAGAACCGUAUCAUUGACGUGGACGCGCUGUGUAUGGAGAACAGAUACCUUCAAGAGAGAUUAAAACAACUCCAUGAAGAGGUUACCCUCCUGAAAUCCAAUAUCGCCAAGUACAAGAAUGCUCUGGAGAGACGGAAAAACUCAAAGAGUCAGGGCAAGUCCAACAGCAGUGCUCUAACUGGAGUCCUGUCGGCAAAGCAAGUCCAGGAUCUGCUGUCAGAAGACCACGGCUGCAGCCUCCCCGCUACCCCCCAAUCCAUCUCCGACUUGAAGUCCCUGGCCACGGCCCUGUUGGAGACGAUCCAUGAGAAAAACAUGGUCAUUCAGCACCAGAGGCAAACCAACAAAAUAUUAGGGAAUCGAGUGGCUGAGCUGGAGAAAAAAUUAAGAACUCUGGAAGUUUCUGGUUUGUGGAGUCUUCCAGGGGGUAAGGACACCAUACUGUUCAGUGACUCCACUCUUCCCAACACCCAGAGAUCAAGAUCCCCACUACUGAAGUUUGCUGAGCAGCCUUUGAAGAAGCAAAUGGAUGCCAGGGAGGGGGAGGCUCAGCAGCAGGAAGGAGAUGAAAGGUGCGGUUCUGUGGCACCGACAGCACCUGAGGACCCCGGGAGGCCUGCUGUCAGCUCCGUGGCAAAGGGGAGCCUGGGGAAGCACCGGCCUUGCUGCCAUCAUCCUUCAUUUUCCCACUUACCUUCGGAGGAAGAAGUAAACAAGCUGGGAAGGGAGAUCAUUAAACUGACAGAGGACCAGGCAGCUCCAGAGCUGGAAGGGGUCCGAAGAGAAAGCCCUAUGGAGGGACAGCGCAGUGAGCCGAGACCGCCCGCACCCGGCCUGGCCUACCACAGCGACAGGCCCAGAGCUGUGCUGGGGGACAGGGAGCCCACCGAGCCUGUGGUGGACGCCUCCUCCCGGGAAGGCGGCGGAGGGGUCCCGGAGGACGGGGACACAAGGCGAGCCCAGCAGACCUGAAGGGGAGCCUGGCGCCCUCGCUGACACCCCGAAGGCACCCAGGAAGAGGGAGAAAGAGGAACGUGGCCGAGCGCACACCCAGGUUGCUUCUCAGAAUCACCUCAGCCCCCUGCAAAUGAGAAAACACCCCAUCCUGCCACAAGCUGCGAACCUCCAGGGGGCCCGGGUAGCUGCGUUCAGCAAACGUCGCCCUCCCAUUGCUCAUGUCAUCGCCUUCUGCCCACCCUGAGCUGCUGUGAGCCUGGCCAGGCUCGGGAAUCAUGGCAGCCAUAGGGUCGCCUGUUGACAUAUCCAUCUCUCUGUCAGCAUUUGUUUUAUUAGAGCUAGGCUGUCGUAUUUCUAUUAGCAUUUAAUAUUGUCGAUCAAAAGGACGGGAAGGGCUGGAAAUGGAUGGGGAUUUUAAGCAGGUCCUUGUCUUAGUGAUGGUAUACGUGAGCAUAGGCUUAUGUACUUCAUCCUGGCACCCUCUUCCUCCAGGAUCUCCCAUCUUGGGUGAGCCUGGCACCCUGCCAGCACUGACUGUCACAGCCGGCACUGGCAGAUGGGGAGGGACCCACGCAGGCCCCAAGAAGGUUGGGCUGUGGGUUUGAAAUGAGUGGCCUCUGUUGAGGCUGUUUGUUGAUGGCUAGGCCCUGUGUCCAGCCUGUGAGUCUACGAGAUUCUUGGGGAGGGAGCGACUCCUCGGAGCCGUCUGAGGUUGUGUUUCUGAGCAGACAGGAGCAUCCCAACUAGAAAUACUGGUUCUCUCUGCAUGUCGGAUUGCGUGAGGAACUUGGGUCUGGGGACAAGCUAGAUGCUUAGGGCUGGUCUAGUUUCCUAUACUGUCCUUGAACCCUUGAACUCUUUACUCCUGUGGCAGAAUGUCACUUCUGUGCCACCAGGUCCUGGGGCCCUACAGGAGAAGGAAGAGAUGAAGCCAAAAUGCCUUUGCUACAGCCUGGUGCAGGGGGAGGAGCUCUGAGUCCAAGUGCAAGGUUCUAGGGUUAGGGGAGGGUCUGGUCUGUCUUAGCUGGUUCUUCCCUUAGCAAUGAAAAUGAGCUAUGCGAGGGUGGUACCUUGGGCCGCAGAGAAGUGCAGGAUCAUUCAACCAUAGGCUUUUUUUUGCCACCACCCCGCCCCCAGGGUCUGAUAGCAGAGUCCCAAGUAUAGAGCAGCAGAGUGGCUGUCCUCAGAUGCUCUCCAGCAGGAGCGAGGUCCCAGGGAGGCCCGUUCAUCCUAAAAUCGCCAUCUCAGUGCCCUGGGGGUCAAGAUGACCGGGGUGGGGGGGAGGGGGGAGGGUGUUCCACUGACAUCCUCAGGGAUGUGCUGUUCAUCCUUGUGUUCCAGACCAUUCCCCAGGGCCACUCUAACAUGCUAACCCCCCCGGGGGUGGGGAGGACUUGUGCAGCUCUAAGCCCUCACAGGCCAGCAGACCCAGAAAUCAUUGUCCUGCCAGUCCAUUUCACAGGCUCAGCUGUCUACCACAUCAGAGCUACCCGAGGAAAACACAGCCACACUUCAUACCAUGAUAGCGAAGAAACCUCUCACCCCCGAGAAGCUCUGGUUGUGACCCAUGCUUGGCAAAAUGAGCCUCUCCAGGGCUGGCUCUGGAAAGCAGGACUUGGGGUGAGCUGCAGUGCAUCUCAUCAGGGUCAAGAGGACUUCCUAGGUCCCAGCGAGUCUUCAUUUUGGAGAGCUGGGGUCAGAAGAGCCAUAACUUCAAGUCUCUGUGCAGCCAGCCCAAGUGGGUCUUGUGUGAUUAGAUGGAAGGGGAGCCAAUGAGCUGAUGCUGUCACAGGGUUACCAUGACAACACCCCAGGCUUCUAUGGGACACUCCCACUUCUGUUGUCCCCUACCCAAUAUGAUUCUUCUGUUCCAUCUUCCUUUCCAAAUAUUAAAAGAGUUUCAGCA